AUGGACUCCCGUCUCGAUCCUGACCAGGACCCCGACCGUGCGGCCACGAUGUACGGCGAACUCGGCAACAAAUUGGUCCAACAUGCCAAACGUACACAAUCCCUCGCUCACCUCCCCCCAUACCAAACCGAGAUCGUCCGCGCAGUGACUCGCGAAGUACGCGAUCUCGACCGCGAUGUUACGCGUCUGCUCUCGCCCUACGAAGGCGGCUUCAAUCCCUCCGCAGACCCAGCUAUUGCCUGUGCCCUGCUAGUGGAUCACCUGUGCAUGCGUCGCAACAAGCGCUGUCUGCUGGCGUACCACCGCGUGCGCACCGAAAAGCUUGAGGAACUCUGCUGGACGGGUGUUGAUAUCCUCGAGCAGCAGCAGCCGGAUGGUGGGUCGCAGCAGAUGGCAUUGGGGCCUUCAGGACACAGCUCGCUGAGUCCGGAGGAGGAGGAGUAUUUUCGACAGUAUGGGGAUCUGCUCGCGGCUUAUAAAGGGCAGUGGACGGAUGUGGAUUUGACGGGGACCUUGGAGCCGCCGAAAGAUUUGUUUAUUGAUGUGAGAGUGCUGAAGGAUGCUGGUGAGAUUCAGACGGAGUAUGGUGUGAUCAACUUGACCAAGAACAGUCAACUGUAUGUUCGGCAGGGUGAUGUGGAGCGCCUUAUUGCUCAGGGAUUCCUGGAACGAUUGACUUGA